AUGAAUAAUAUUGAAUUAUAUCGUGAACGUAUAGAAUGUCAUCGUGAAAAUAAAGCCAUUAGAACAUUAUCUAUUAUAACUGGUUGUUUUCUAUUAUGUUGGUUACCAUUUUUUUUACAUACACUUAUUAUACCAUUUUGUUUACCACAAUGUAAUUUAAAUCAUUUUAUAAGUAGUAUAUUUUUAUGGUUAGGUUAUUUAAAUUCAUUAUUAAAUCCAAUUAUAUAUACAAUAUUUGCACCGGAUUUUAGAAAUGCUUUUAAAAAAAUUCUUUAUACUAUAUUGAAUACAUUGAAUGUAAAACAAUGA